AUGAAUCAAAAUUUUGAAGGAUCUUAAGCUGAAGUUCUACAUCCCACAACACAUAUGCAAAUAUAGGCUGUCUAACAUGAAAAAAUUAUCUCAGGGUUCGAUCAUGACCCUGAUAAAUUUUUAGGAGAAUUUCAAUUCAACUCACAUUUACUUACAAGACAGUAUCUAUUGGGAGAUGGAACACAAUUAAGAUUAUACUUUACUAAAGUUACUCCAUAAAAUGUUCAAAUAAAAGCAUCAUUAGCAAUCAUUCAUGGAUUUGGUGAACAUUCAGGAAGAUUUCUGCAUUUAGCUGACUUUUAUGCCAAGGCUGGAUUCGAAGUAUAUAUGAUAGAUUUAAGAGGAUUUGGUUAUUCAGGUGGUGCAAGAGGAUGUGCAACAUAAUAACAAUUGCUUUUAGAUGUCAAGGUUUUAAUUCAAUAAGUAAACCCCUCAUUACCAUUGUUCUUAUAUGGUCAUUCUAUGGGAGGAUUGGUGGUCUUAGCUUUUACAUUGUUGAACCCUGCAAUUUAGAUCGCUGGUGUUAUAGCAACAAGUCCAUUGUUAGGAUUUCCAACUGAUCGUAAACUGGAUUGGUUGAAACUCAACUUUGUUACCACUGCUGGUAAAAAAUUGGAAGACAUGGUUGUCAACAGCAUGGUCAAUCCAACUGCUUUAACAAAGAAUAACAAUUAAUUGAAGCAUUCAUUUGGAGAUAGAUUAAUGAUUCCAUUUUGUGGGUUAAAUAUGGCAGCUUCUAUAUUGUCCUAAGUAAAAAUGAUGAAGAGUUAUUCUCAUCUAUUUAAUAAGCCAUUAUUAAUUUUACAUGGAAAAUAAGAUGCUGUAACAAAUUAUCACGAUUCUGUAUAUUUCUUUGAAAGCUGCAAAAGUUAAGAAAAAGCUUUAAAGCUAUUUGAAAAUGGUUAUCAUGAAUUAUAGCAUGAUGAAGAAUGCGAUGAAUUAAUGUCCAUUACAUUAGAUUGGUUAUAAAGACGUUUGGAUAAUGCAAAAAUUCUUGGUAAUGUUCCUACAGUUGUCAAUGUACAUCCUUUAAAGAGAAAAUCAAAUAGAAAAUGGAAAUUGAUUUUAGUUUUCUUGAUAGCAGCCUAUUUUAUAGUUUCCAUAAAAUAUAAGGAUUUAGCUUAAGGUUCAUAACUCAAGAAACUAAUUAUCCCAUUAUUGCUAUUUAAAAAAUGAACAAAUUAGUUUAAUAGUAUUAUCAUUUAAUGUUAUGUUAUUAUUGCUAA